AUGUCAAACAAAGACUUUGAAAAACAAAUAGGGGUUGAAUCCACAUAUCACACAUCAUCCUCUGCCGUACGAAAUACAACUUCAGAUGAUGCCAGUGAUAGAAGCAGCACGACUUCAUUUGAAUCUGAAUAUUCCCAAUAUCAAGAAGGUAACUACUUUAAAAGAUUAUAUGAUUCAUUCAAACCUAUAGAUUUAGAAGAUGAAGGGAUUGACACUAGUGAAUUAACACCCAUUGAAAAGGCUGUUCUCGCAUCUGCAAAACAUCCAUUGGCAAGAAGCUUGAAAACUCGUCAUUUACAAAUGAUUGCUAUUGGUGGUUCUAUUGGUACAGGGUUAUUUGUUGGAUCAGGUUACGCAUUAUCAAAAUCUGGUCCAAUGGGUCUUUUACUUAGUUUUAUAAUUGUGGGAUAUUCUUUAUUAUGUGUGGUAUAUGCCUUGGGUGAAUUAUCAGUUCAAUUUCCAGUCAGUGGUUCUUUCAAUUCAUUUUUUUCAAGAUUUCUUGAACCUUCUUUUGGUAGUACGUUUGGUAUUUUAUAUGCUGCUUCAUGGUGUAUUUCUUUCCCUUCAGAAUUGAUUGCUGCUGCCAUGACUGUACAAUACUGGAAUACACUGGUAAGUCCGGCUGUUUGGGUUGCUGUGUUCUGGGUGGUCAUUGUAACUAUCAACUUCUUCGGUGUUAAAGGCUAUGGUGAAGUUGAAUACGUCUUAUCCAUGAUUAAAGUCUUGGCAGUUAUUGGAUUCAUCAUAUUGGGUAUUUGUAUCACAUGUGGUGUUGGAGAUCAAGGUUACAUAGGUGGCCGUUAUUGGAGAGACCCAGGUGCUUUUAAUAAUGGAUUUUUGGGAUUUGCAUCGAGUGUUAUUCUGGCAGCUUUCCUGUUUGGUGGUAUUGAAUUAGUGGCAUUGGCUGCUGCGGAAACAAAGGCUCCAAAUAUCAGUAUUCCAAAAGCUGUCAAAAGUACUUUCUAUAGAAUCUUUAUUUUUUACAUUUUGACUUCUAUUAUUAUUGGUUGUUUGGUUCCAUACACUAAUCAAGAUUUGCUUGAUGGUGAGGGUAUUGCAGCUUCUCCAUUUGUUAUUGCUAUUAAUCAGGGUGGUAUUAAAGUGGUUCCUCACAUUAUGAACGCAGUCAUUGUUGUUGCUGUUAUUUCUGUUGGUAACUCUUCAGUUUAUGGUUGUUCUCGUACUUUAGCUUCCUUGGCUGUUCAAGGAUUAUUACCAAAAUCAUUUGGUUAUAUUGAUAGAAGUGGUAGACCACUUGUUGCUAUUAUAUUUACCAGUAUUAUCGGGUUAUUAGGUUUCCUUGUUGUUAAUGAUAACGAAGGAGCUGUUUUCACUUGGUUCUUUUCCGUUUGCUCUUUAUCUUCUUUCUUCACAUGGGCUGCAAUCAAUAUCGUUCAUUUAAGAUGGAGAUGGGCUUUGGAUGCCCAAGGCAGAUCAACCGACGAAGUCAUAUUUAAAUCACCGUUAGGUACUUUUGGUUCUUGGUCAGGUCUUGUUGUCUUGAUUUUUGUUAUUGUUAUUGAAAUAUUGGUCUCAAUUACUCCAGAUGGUAAAUCUACUGAUGUUGUUACUUUCUGGCAAAAUUGUUUAUCCUUACCAUUAAUGAUUAUUAUGUGGGCUGUUUUUAAGACUUUUCACAAAUCCUGGAAUAUGCUUUGGAUUAAAUUAGAAGAUAUUGAUUUGGAUACUGGUAGAAGAGAACUUGAUAUUGAAUUAUUAAAACAAGAAAUUGCUGAGCAACGUCAAAUCGAUAAUGCUAAACCAUGGUACUUCAAGAUUUACAACUUUUUCUGUUAA